GUGGGUGAUAUCGAUAACAAGUGGCAAUAACGACUUGCCAAUUGCCCCGUUUCCAAUGCUCAACGCUGUAGGCCAGCUUUUUGGGAUAGCCGACGCAGAACCAGUGAGCGCUGGCUGCGACUCGCUGAAGCUGUUGCGCACGGUUGCCGGAAUCUUCUUCCAUUUGGCUACGCUCCGGAGGCCCACUGCAGCCGUCCUGGAGCAGCUCGCGAGCGAAGAAGCCCCCCUUCAGCUGCUGCUCCAGCUGACUCCCGAGAUGCAAUGGCUGCUGCGCGCACGAUCGAGCAGACGCGCGAGGUAUGUGCACUUUCCUGGCCGCAAAGCGUCUUGAAGCUCCUGGGGCGGGAGGAUCUGAUCGCCAACGCGGCAGCUGAUUUUGAGCCGAGCAGCGCACCGUUUCUUCUCAAGCAAAGGUUACCUUCGGGAGAAGCGGUUGUCAGCGACGUCAGCGACGGAGGCGGGACCCAUGGCGUGGUCGAACUGAGCGAGGAAGCAGUUGGCCACUCGGCUAAACAGCCUCUGGGCACAAGCACUGGCGCUGCGCACGAGUUCAGCCAAAUUGCAUUUAGCGGCGACUUGCGCGUCGAUGAGGCUGAGCGCAUGCUCGACAUCUUUGCCACAGUGCACGCGCAUCACCCGGCCGCCGAGUCGACGUUCCCCGAGGCGAUCGACGCUGCCAAGGCACAAUUUAUGGACCUGCUCGCCCGUCGCGUGCAUGCAUUGCCGCUUGGCCGCGCCGCAUUCAGCUACAGCUCGCUCGGACUCAACUCGCAAGAUGCGCUGCAAAUCGACCCUCCGCGCGUGGCUGCUCGUUUUUACGGAAACAAGUUGGAGACUGCGUGGACUGCACCCGCAGACACCGACACGAGCUGGCCGCUGUUCCACAGCGGCGUUCUGGCAGCCCUGUCGAUAGAGCGCGGCCAACUCAAAGGCGCACACCCGUCGUGGGUGCUGCUGAAUUGGCCGACGGAGCAGCCGACCGAUGCGGACCCUGCCGCUGUAGGGGAAUCGCAGCGGAAGUACAAGGACGCGCUUGCAUUGCACGCGGGGUUUUUGUUCGGGAUUGGGCUUUUGCCUGAUAACGCCGCGUCUAGCGCGAGCGGCUCUCGGGUGCGACAGCACAAGGCAAACGGCCCUCUGUGCGGUGUCCCGCCCUGGCAGGCAUUCAAGUACCUUAGCAUUCGCCAUGGCCUGACUUCUAUCGCCCUGCUGAUGGGCUGCGCUUGCGCGCAACGGGGCACAAUGAACGCGUCGGUGAGCAAGAUACUGUCACUGCAUAUCCCCACGCUGUUGCCACCAGGCUCCUCAGAGCUCAUGCUGCUGUCGCACGGCACGCAGGCGGCGGCGAUGCUUGGCCUGGGCCUGCUGUACAUGAACUCGCAGCACCGCCGCAUGUCUGAGGUCAUGCUUGGUGAGCUGUUUGCCAUCAAGAAUGCCACGCCGUCCACGAUGACGACCCGGCUUGACGGCGCCGAUCCGGCCGAAAGCGCUGCCGAGUGCUACUCGCUGGCUGCUGGAUUCGCAUUGGGGCUGGUGGCUCUUGGACAGGGCACGUCAUCCCGGUCGCUGUCUGAUCUGCACCUGCUGGACGCGCUCACAGAGACCAUGCAUGCCAGCGAUGGCAGCAAAGCCGCUAACCACGAGUCGCCAAUGGAUAUGCUUGGCCGUCUGAACAUUGCGCCGAGAAGCAGCAGAAGCCUGGGCAGCGGCGGAAACAUGGGCAAUGUAUCUGAUCUCGGCGCGAUCGCAGCACUUGGUCUCAUCUUCCUCGGCACAAACUACCAUCCAGCUGCACAGCGAUUGGCGCUGCCAACGACAACAUAUGAGAUCCGGUCAAUCGACCCGUUUUUAUUGCUCUGGAAGACACUCAUGCGCUCUUUAAUUAUGCUCGACUCGAUCUCCCCGACGCCAGCCUGGGUCGAGACCAAUGUUCCGCAAUGGAUGCCUGCCCAGCUGCCAGCUGAUCUGUGCCGCGCACGACUGCAUGUUGUGACUGCAGCGUGCUUUGCAAUCGGGCUCAAGUACGCUGGCACCGAGGACUACAGCGCGCACACGACGAUACUGACCUAUUUUGACGAAGUGGAAGCGGCAGCCAACAGGCCAGCGUUGGGAUACGAGCCUAGCCUGACUCGUGCAUCAGCACAGGCCUGCCUCGACAUCAUGUGCAUCUCCACUGCGCUGGUCAUGGCCGGGAGCGGAGACGUGGCGACGAUGCAGCGCUUGCGCGUCUUUCAUGGUGUGAGCGCAUCGCGCACCUAUGGCACGCAUAUGGCGUCGAACUUGGCACUUGGAAUUCUAUUUAUUGGUGGCGGCGCUCGCUUCACCCUGUCCAACUCUGUGGAAUCCAUUGCGUUGCUGCUCAUUGCAUUUUUUCCGAGAUUUCCUCAGCACUACUCUGACAACCGCGAGCAUCUGCAAGCGUGGCGGCAUCUGUGGGCCUCUGCGUCAAGCCGCGAUGCCUGGUGGCCCGGACGUUACAAGCGGGCGCAUGUGUCUGGAGGCGACAAUUUCGCUGGUCAGCCGAGAUACAAGCGGCGAAUCUCGCACAUUGAGCCUCGUCCUCCCGUACUAUUCCCAUCGCUGGAUCGGGUCGCAUCUGUCCAUGUGUGGGCGCCAGGAUACCUGCCAAUAACUCUCGACCUGGAGAUAAAUCCUGACGUUGGCCACUUGCUUUCUAGGAGGCGCAUUAUAUACAUGCAGCCCAGCGAGCAUUUCCCAAGCCUGGGCACUACGCUAGGCGGAAUGGGCCUCACAUCGCUCUCCAAGUACCACGCGUGGUUGGCAAAUGUCCAGUGCUUGGUCAUCGGGGCGUGCGAGCAACUGGAGGCAGUAGUGGGUACAAGGCCGGAAUCUGGAGAGCACUCGCAAACACCUGCAUUCUCUGCCAUCCAGGCCAUACAGCGGCUGCGCAUUUGUGCUCGGUAUUCGCACAGCUAUCUGACCAGCCGCAACUCAUAUUCGGGCGACAGUGCUGCGCGAAAUUGGGCCGAGGCGACAUAUCUGGCAUGGCUGGCCACGCGAGACACCGUUCUGAGGCUGGGCCGCUUGGACGCGUGCAGACAGAUGAUUGCUGUGCAUUGGGCUGCGGGCCAAAUCUCGCCCGACGCUUCGAGAUCCAGUCGUUUGUUUGCUGUGGUUGGCCUGAUGAACGCUGCGCUGGACAUCCCGAGACCCGCAGAUGCAAUGGAGCUGGCAAAGGUGGUGCCAGCGUCUUCACUUGUGGACCACUUUUUGGGGGUUAAAUAAUAGCUCAUGUAAUCCGGCCACUUAAACAAAUAAGCAAGUUGAUUUACUUUUUUAAUUGUGUGUAAAGUGUAAUAAAAGAGACAGACACAUCUUUUAUUGGAAUUUGAAGCAUCGUUGGAAGCGUCCCAAAAACUCAUAAAGCUACUAUUCUCUUUAGAUGACGUCCUUGAUGAUGGUGCUCUUCUCCGAAACGUAGAUACCAUCGAGGAACUUACGGAUAUCCUUGUUGCGGACACG